AUGGCUGAAGGUGACUUUAAGCUAUCGGCUCAGCUCGUGGGACACGAGGCUGAUGUGCGCGCCGUCUGCUUUCCCACCGACGGGCUAGUCCUCUCAGCAUCUCGCGACUGCAGUGUCCGCGCCUGGAGGCGAAACGCCGACAACAAGAACUCUUUUGAUGGAACACUCGUCAGCCGUGGCAGCGAAUACGUCAAUUCCCUCACAUUCUUUCCUGCGAACCGAGAAUAUCCCGACGGGCUUGUGGUCUCAGGUGGUAAAGACACAAUCAUCGAAGUCAAGGCACCCACCAAGCAGAGUAGCGACAAUGCAGAGCGCCUCUUGGUUGGUCACGCAAACAACGUGUGUGCCUUGGACGUGUCCUCGGACGGGAAAUACAUUGUAUCGGGCGGCUGGGAUGGCCAAGGUCGAGUCUGGAACCCAUCCAAAUGGGAGACCGAGAUGACGCUUGGUGAUCACGAAGGAGUAUCCGUCUGGAGUGUCAUCGCCGUGGACACAAAGACGGUGGCGACAGGUUGCGCAGAUAAGAGCAUUCGGAUAUUUGAUUUGAGCAGAGUCUCGGCGGGAGAAGCGAUGCCCAAAUUUACGAUACAGACUCCAGACGUGGUUCGCGCUCUUUGCCGUGUGCCCAAGAACCACCCCAGUGGUGCAGACAUCGCUAGUGCUAGCAAUGACGGCAUCAUACGCUUGUGGAAGCUCAAUGGACAGCAGGUCGCUGAACUCGCAGGGCACGAAAGCUUCAUCUACUCGCUCGCGGCCUUGCCAUCGGGCGAAAUUGCCAGCUCGGGUGAGGACCGCACCGUGAGGAUCUGGAGAGGUUCAGACUGCGUUCAGACGAUUACGCACCCGGCCAUAUCGGUGUGGACAGUGGCCGUCAACGCAGAGACGGGCGACAUUGUGACCGGAGCAAGCGAUGGCGUCGCGCGUAUUUUCACGAGGCGCGCCGACAAUGUAGCCGAUGAGCAGACGCUGCGGGAGUUUGAAGAUUCCGUCAAGGGAUCCGCCAUCCCCCAGCAACAGGUGGGCGGCGUUAACAAGGAGAAGCUCCCGGGUCCCGAAUUCCUCACCACCAAGUCCGGCACCAAGGAUGGUCAGGUGCAGAUGAUCAAAGAGGACAACGGCAAUGUCACAGCGCACACGUGGUCCGUCAGCCAACAGCAAUGGGUCAAUGUCGGCACUGUGGUCGAUGCGGUGGGAAGCACUGGCAAGAAGGUGGAGUACAAAGGCGAAUCGUACGACUACGUCUUUGAUGUCGACAUUGAGGAUGGAAAGCCGCCUUUGAAGCUACCUUACAACCUCUCUGAGAACCCAUACGAUCGAGCAACGAAGUUUCUGGGCGAAAACGAGCUACCACUCUCAUAUUUGGACAAUGUAGCGAACUUCAUCACGCAAAACACUCAGGGCGCCUCGCUAGGAUCGUCAGAGCCGAGCGGGGGCUCAGACCCUUAUGGAACAGAGUCGCGUUACCGACCCGGGCAGGAUGCUCAGAGUCAAAAGGCCAAGCUUAUUCCGCAAGCCGAGUUCCUGAGCAUCACUGCCGCCAAGUACGAAGCAAUUUUUAACAAAAUCGCCUCUGUCAACAAGAACAUGGUUUCAUGUGGCCGGAAAGACGCAGCUCUCAACCCAACUGAGGAACAGACUCUACAAGCUUUGCAGGAAGCAUUAGCAACAUCAAAGCCCCCGCCUCCACAGUCGACCGAUCUCAUUGUGCGCGUCGUGACUGAAUGGCCUUACACGGACCGACUUGCUGGCCUCGACGCCUUGCGCUGCAUGGCCAAAUAUCGUAUUGUUGCGCAGUACUCCACCGCAGAGUAUCCCUCCUUGAUCCAUCUGGCCAUUGCCGCCUCGCUGCCGGCCGAGGAAACGCCCAACGAGAAUGCCGUGAUGAUGGCCGCUCGCACGAUUGCCAACAUCUUCGCUACAGCGGAUGGACGCAGUGCGGCUAGCAGUCACACCGAUGCCGCACUGGCCUUUUUGGAGCGAGUGACAGGAGCCCAAGGAGCGGAGGCCAUCGGAAAGCACAACCGCAAUGUUCUCAUUGCUCUUUCGACAGUGGCCCUCAACUUCUCGGUUCUCGUGGCGCGUGAGAAUCUACUGGUACCCCAGCAGCGACGCCGGCUCUUCGUCAUCUUUGGCACCAUCAUUGCUGAUCAGACAGACUCUGAGGUUCUCUAUCGGACACUGGUCGGCCUGGGCACGCUGCUCAUGACGUCGCCGGAGUUGGCUACGGGGUCAGAUGUCAAGAAAUGGGUUCAAGGUGCUUCGGACAGGGGUAGCGAAGACAGGGUCAAACAGGUCGCGGCAGAUGUUGCCAAGGCCAUACGGUCAUAA